AUCUAAAUUGAAGUCGGAGGUGGCAGCGGAGCGCAAGGAGUUCAGAGAAAACGGAGGCAUCUUCAACUGCUCAGAGACGCCGCCGUCUGAAACCCUAAUUUCUUGUUGUUUGCCUUUGAGUUUUUAAAUGUACGCGCUGAGAUCAUCGUUCUCUAUUUCCUCUCGCCAUAAUCCUCCCUCCUUGCUCCGAAUUGAUCCUCUCUUGUACUGUUUCUUCUCUUCUUCUUCCCACAGCCAAGCCUCUGCUUCAUAUGGAAUCGUCGUUCAAUACCUUAUUGAUACCUUUGAACUCUCCCCCGCCAGAGCGGUGUCGAUUAUGAGCAGCCGUAGAGGCAUUGCAUCAACGGAAAAGCCUCAAUCCGUUUACAAAUAUCUUUCAGAGCUCGGAUUCUCCGAAGCUCACAUUCAAUCGACGAUUCGCCUUGCGCCGCAGAUCGCGUUUUCCAACAUCGAAAAGACUCUGAAGCCGAAGAUCGAGUUCUUCCAGAAUCUUGGCUUGGUCGGCUCCGAUUUGGGUAGGUUCAUUUCCAAGCAUUCUACGCUUUUGACUAUUAGUUUGGAAAAGAGAUUGAUGCCUAGUGUUGAGAUUCUUAAGAGUGUUUUCCCCAAGGAUGAGUGUAAUAGCGAUCUCCUACAAGUUUUGCGGCGAUGUUCUGAUAUGCUUAUGCGAUCUCCGUAUACAAGGUUGCCUGUCAAUAUUAAUUACUUACAAAGUUGUGGGAUUGUUGGUUCUCAACUCUCUAUGUUACUGAAGAGGCAACCUGCACUUUUUGGUAUGCGUGAAUCUCAAGUUAGAGAUCUUGUUUCUAUGGUUGUAGAGACGGGUUUUUCUACAAAUACUAGAAUGUUUGUUCAUGGACUUCAUGCUAUCAGUAGUGUAAGUAAUGCGACCUUCAAGAAGAAAGUGGAAUUGAUUUGCAGCUUUGGAAUAACUGAGAAAGAAUGUAUGAGAAUGUUUACUUCUGCUCCUGUUUUGAUAAGAACCUCCGUUGGUAAACUUAAACGAGGUCUAGAAUUCUUUAUGAAUGAGGCAGAAGUCAGCAGAUCAGAUAUUGUUCGUAAACCUACUUGUUUGAUGCACGCCAUGCAGGGGAGGGUGCUCCCUCGGUAUAGAGUUCUUCAGGUCGUAAACUCGAAGAGGCUAUCGAAGAAACACCUGCAAUUGAUCGAUAUAUUGGGGAUGUCUGAUGAGAAUUUCUUGGAUAAAUUCGUGCACAGGUUUCCUGAUCAUGUGACAGAAUUGUUGGCGGCCUUUAGAGGUCAAUGUAUGGAUGAAUUGCAGCCUAAGGAGUUGGAAACAUGAAGACAUGGCCAGAACUAGAGCUUAUUUGAUCCAACAUCUAGUUGCCCAUCACGACGAAGUGUUUGUCGAUCUUGAUGUGCUUGGUGCACCAGAUUUGAACCAAGUCAUAUGGUUGUUUGCUGCCAGUAUGAACUUAGGUUUCUUGCAAGGGGCUUGUUCUCUGUGACAGAUCAGUUCUUAAGAUUUUGGUAAGUUUAUCUGACAAUUGAAAAAUUAAAUUCUUCCUAGAUGUAUACAAUAAUAAUUGUGAAGCAUGAACACCUUAGCUUGGAUAAUGUGCUUGUAUUUGGGAAUAUUAUUGAACUCGUUGAUAAUUAUUUGAACAAAUCUUGGGUA